AUGUUCCGCAGCAUGAUCGCCGGCACGUCCACGGCCAUGAUCCUCGGCAUCACGGCCAGCAUGGCCAGCAGCCUCAUCUGGGGCACCGCGACGCUGCCCUUUGUCGUCUUCUCGUCGCUGGGCUUCGCCCUCGGCAGCGCGCGCUGGUACAUGGUCUCGAGCCAGGAGGCCUUGCUGCAGCUGCGCCGCUAUCCGGCCCUCCUGCGCAUGCACAUCGUCGCGAACUUCCCCUGGCUGCCCGAGUACGCCGCCCGUGACGUUCGCUGGUUUACCCCGGAGCGCUUCGCCGUCGACUGGGUUCAGAGGAGCGUCCUCGUCGCUGGCUGGCUGUCUGCGCAGCCUGCGCUCGAGGAGCUGCACAGCCAGGUGCAGGCGGCCAUUGUACAGAAGUAUGUCGACGAGGCGCCGGGUGAGGAGGAGCACGAGGCUACGAAAAACUACGGCAGCAGCAAGCUGCUCCUCGCCAUGGGGUCUCUCAGCUUGCUGUGUGCAUCGAUCCUGCUGAGCUAUGUGCGGCGAGAAGCGUUCCCGGCCAGCCAGUUCACCAGCAAGUUCUGGUGGGCGGCCACACAGUUUGGUCCCGGCCUAUGGUAG